AUGGUAGUGUCGCGGUCAGCGCGACAGUUACCGCCCGGGGUGUUCCGGAGUUUGGAGUUCAAUUCUUGCGCGAUCCUGCGGGGAGUCUCUCCCAGAACCUCUGACAGUGCAGCAUUCCCUCAGCCCAGCUCUGACAGUGCAGCAUUCCCUCAGCCCAGCUCUGACAAUGCAGCAUUCCCUCAGCCCAGCUCUGACAGUGCAGCAUUCCCUCAGCCCAGAUCCUCUGACAGUGCAGCAUUCCCUCAGCCCAGAUCCUCUGACUGUGCAGCAUUCCCUCAGCCCAGCUCUGACAGUGCAGCAUUCCCUCAGCCCAGAUCCGCUGACAAUGCAGAAUUCCCUCAGCCCAGCUCUGACAGUGCAGCAUUCCCUCAGCCCAGAACCUCUGACAGUGCAGCAUUCCCUCAGCCCAGCUCUGACAGUGUAGCAUUCCCUCAGCCCAGCUCUGACAGUGCAGCAUUCCCUCAGCCCAGAUCCUCUGACUGUGCAGCAUUCCCUCAGCCCAGAUCCUCUGACAGUGCAGCAUUCCCUCAGCCCAGCUCUGACAGUGCAGCAUUCCCUCAGCCCAGAUCCUCUGACAGUGCAGCAUUCCCUCAGCCCAGAUCCUCUGACAGUGCAGCAUUCCCUCAGCCCAGAUCCUCUGACAAUGCAGCAUUCCCUCAGCCCAGCUCUGACAGUGCAGCAUUCCCUCAGCCCAGCUCUGACAGUGCAGCAUUCCCUCAGCCCAGAUCCUCUGACAGUGCAGCAUUCCCUCAGCCCAGAUCCUCUGACAGUGCAGCAUUCCCUCAGCCCAGAUCCUCUGACAAUGCAGCAUUCCCUCAGCCCAGCUCUGACAGUGCAGCAUUCCCUCAGCCCAGAUCCGCUGACAAUGCAGAAUUCCCUCAGCCCAGCUCUGACAGUGCAGCAUUCCCUCAGCCCAGCUCUGACAGUGCAGCAUUCCCUCAGCCCAGCUCUGACAGUGCAGCAUUCCCUCAGCCCAGCUCUGACAAUGCAGCAUUCCCUCAGCCCAGAUCCUCUGACAAUGCAGCAUUCCCUCAGCCCAGAUCCGCUGACGGCGCAGCAUUCCCUCAGCCCAGCUCUGACAGUGCAGCAUUCCCUCAGCCCAGCUCUGACAGUGCAGCAUUCCCUCAGCCCAGCUCUGACAGUGCAGCAUUCCCUCAGCCCAGAUCCUCUGACAGUGCAGCAUUCCCUCAGCCCAGGUCUGACAGUGCAGCAUUCCCUCAGCCCAGGUCUGACAGUGCAGCAUUCCCUCAGCCCAGGUCUGACAGUGCAGCAUUCCCUCAGCCCAGAUCCUCUGACAAUGCAGCAUUCCCUCAGCCCAGCUCUGACAGUGCAGCAUUCCCUCAGCCCAGAUCCUCUGACAAUGCAGCAUUCCCUCAGCCCAGAUCCGCUGACGGUGCAGCAUUCCCUCAGCCCAGAUCCGCUGACAAUGCAGCAUUCCCUCAGCCCAGCUCUGACAGUGCAGCAUUCCCUCAGCCCAGCUCUGACAGUGCAGCAUUCCCUCAGCCCAGAUCCUCUGACAGUGCAGAAUUCCCUCAGCCCAGCUCUGACAGUGCAGCAUUCCCUCAGCCCAGAUCCUCUGACAGUGCAGCAUUCCCUCAGCCCAGCUCUGACGGUGCAGCAUUCCCUCAGCCCAGAUCCUCUGACAAUGCAGCAUUCCCUCAGCCCAGAUCUGCUGAUGGUGCAGCAUUCCCUCAGCCCAGCUCUGACAGUGCAGCAUUCCCUCAGCCCAGCUCUGACAGUGCAGCAUUCCCUCAGCCCAGAUCCUCUGACAGUGCAGCACUCCCUCAGCCCAGAUCCUCUGACAGUGCAGCAUUCCCUCAGCCCAGCUCUGACUGUGCAGCAUUCUCAGUUCAGCACCUUCCCCCUACAAUUCAGUGGCAAGUUUGA